AUGAGCAAAGACUCCUCCGCAACAUACAUCCACAUGCACCACCCACGUCUAGCCGACUCCUUCGAAGAAUUCACACGACCAUACGCAUCAAUCACAAACCCCCAAUCCACCAGCCCCCAAAUGUCAAGCAGCAACCCGACCGGCGCCUCGAACGUCGUAACGUACGGCUCCACAACCCAAACGAACCUCUCCUCCUUCCUCCCAGUCGAAGACAUCUACGUCGCGCCGCAGCACCAGCCCACAAACCCCGAAGACGAAGAUGACGUCGUUCCGGACCAGCAUGCGGCGUUUGGAAUCACUCGCGCCAUGGAGCGCAGGCGGGAGGCCGUUUGGCGGGAUCUCGGACUCCAUGAGCUUGUUAGUGGGCAAGGACAUGGUAGUGGUGCGCUUGCGGCGGCUUCUGGGGCUGGGGGUGGUCAGGUUGGAUCGGGGCCUGGGGCGACGCUUCGUGGGAAUGGGGGUGGUGCGGCAUCCGCUGCUAGUGCUGCUGUUAGGGUCCGCGGUGCUGGUAGGAGGAUGGGUGGUCGCAGGAUUGUCUCUUUGCGGUGA